AAGAAGAAGGGGAUAAACAUGGCUGCCUACAAGGUUGUCUGUUCAGGUGUCGGGCUACUGCAAUCAUCCCUGAAUUUAUCUAAGCAGGCCUUCAGGUGUUCAUGGGGUGUGGUAGAACAGGUCAGGGGCUACUAUGUGGACUGGCGGAUGGUCCGAGAUGUGAAGAGGAGACAGAUGGCCUUUGAAUAUGCAGACACAAGACUUCGCAUCAACGCACUGAGGAAGAACACAGUUCUGCCUAAGGAACUUCAGGAAGUUGCAGAUAAAGAAAUUGCUGCUUUACCUCGGGAUAGCUGCCCGGUGCGCAUUCGUAAUAGGUGUGUGCUGACAUCUAGGCCACGUGGGUUGAAGCGGCGAUGGCGUGUCAGUCGCAUUGUAUUUCGGGACCUGGCCGACCAUAACCAGAUGUCGGGGAUCCAGAGAGCCAUGUGGUGAUGGCAGACUAAACUGCAGACUCGUGGCAUACCUCAACCUUCACCAUCCAGCAACCCAUCACAUGAGGCAGUGGUAGUUUCCCUCUUAAGAACUGACCAACAUGGAUUUCUCCUUCAUAUUUGAUGAUGGCCUGUAUGUAAAGAGUUGUGUGACAUCAUCUUGACAUGUCAUGAUUGAAGAUGUACAUAGAACUUCUUAUAUUAUUAUUCUCUACUUGUCAUUGAUGAAUAAAGCAAUGAAACAGUUAAA